AAUUUCUCCUUUCCUUUGCUAAAAAUGCUGCAAAAGGUGCCGCUUUUAGCACUCCUGUUUUUGGGUUUACUACUCUGUCUCUCUCUUCAUGUAGAGGCCUUCAGUGAGGAUGUUUCAGCUUGGGAGAGACCUUAUCUGGUGAGGAGAGGACACAGGAGGUCUCUGGUGGUGACAGAAUAUGGAGAGAUUUCAGCUGCUGAAAUUAGUAGUGGAACAAAAGGGCCAUACCAUAUUCAGUUCAUCACAUUGGAGCCUAGCUCCUUGUUGCUCCCUGUACUUCUCCAUGCUGACAUGGUCUUUUAUGUACACACAGGGAAUGGGAAGUUGAGUUGGACCGAUGGAAGAGAAAUGAAGAGGAUGAAUCUACGGAGAGGAGAUGUAUAUAGACUGCAGGCAGGCUCAGUUUUCUUUGUUCAAAGUAACCUAGACUCGGAAAGACAGAAGAUGAGGAUCCAUGCUAUCUUUUCCAAUACAGAUGAGGACAUAUAUGAGCCAUCAAUUGGAGCAUACUCUAGCGUCAGCGAUCUGGUCCUUGGAUUUGAUAGAAAAGUCCUUCAAGAAGCUUUUAAGGUCCCUGAAGAAGUUUUAGAGGAAUUAACCAGUGCAACGAAGCCACCAGCAGUGGUGCACGCAGUAACAAAGGAUCAGAAAUCAGUAUAUUGGGAAUUGGAAGACCGGAUGCUAGAUUUCCUUAUCGGAAACAAACAUAAGAAAACCAAGGAAACCAAGACAUUCAACAUUCUAGAUGCUAAGCCAGAUUUUGAGAAUUGUAAUGGGUGGAGUCUGACUGUAGACAAACAUAGCUUGAAAUCACUAAGUGAUUCCAACAUUGGAAUAUUCAUGGUGAACUUGACAAAGGGAUCCAUGAUGGGGCCACAUUGGAAUCCAAUGGCUACUGAGAUAGCAAUAGUGUUGCACGGGCGAGGGAUGGUUCGGGUGAUUUGUCAUAGCACAGCAAAUGAAUCAGAGUGCAAAAACAUGAGGUUUAAGGUUAAGGAAGGGGAUGUUUUUGCAGUGCCUAGGUUCCAUCCCAUGGCUCAAAUUUCCUUCAACAAUGAUUCAUUUGUUUUCAUGGGGUUCAGCACAUCAACAAAGAGAAAUCAUCCUCAAUUUCUGACUGGGAAGAGCUCAAUCCUCCAAAUAUUGGACAGAGGCAUCUUGGCUGUGUCAUUCAAUGUUACUAACACCACAAUGGAUCAGCUUUUAAAUGCUCAGGAAGAAGCGCUCAUAUUGGAUUGCACUUCUUGUGCUGAGAUAGAGGAGAAUAAAAUGAAGGAAGAAUUUGAAAAGGAAAAGCAGGAAGAGGAGGCUAGGAAGAGAGAGGAACAGGAGGCUAGAAAGAGAGAGGAAGAAGAAGCUAGGAAAAGAGAAGAGGAGGAAGAGGAGGCUAGGAAAAGAGAAGAAGAGGAGAGGGAAAGGGAGGAAGAGGAGGCUAGGAAGAGAGAAGAAGAGGAGAGAAGAGAACAUGAAGAAGCGGAGAGGGAACGACAAGAAGAGGAAGAAAAACAGAGGAGGGAGGAGGAGGAAGAGGAGGCUAGGAAAAGAGAAGAGGAGGAGAGGGAAAGGGAGGAAGAGGAGGCUAGGAAGAGAGAAGAGGAGGAGAGAAGAGAACAGGAAGAAGCGGAGAGGGAACGACAAGAAGAGGAAGAAAAACAGAGGAGGGAGGAGGAGGCUAGGAAAAGAGAAGAGGAGGAGAGAAGAGAACAGGAAGAAGCGGAGAGGGAACGACAAGAAGAGGAAGAAAAACAGAGGAGGGAGGAGGAGGCUAGGAAAAGAGAAGAGGAGGAGAGGGAAAGGGAGGAAGAGGAGAGAAGAGAACAGGAAGAAACGGAGAGGGAACGACAAGAAGAGGACGAAAAACAGAGGAGAGAAGAGGAGCAGCAGCAAGAAGAGGCUAGGAGAAGAGAAGAAAAAAAGAAGCGACAAGAGAAGCAAAGACAACGAGAAGAGACCCCCAGAAGGGAGCAUGAAGAGGCAAGGAGACAAGAAGAAGAAAGGCAAAAGCGACGCUGGAAAGAAGAAGAAAGGGCUAAGGAAAGGGAAAGACGUGAAGGAGGGGGGGAACAACCAGAGGAACAAGAAGUGGAAGCUAGAAAAGAAGAUCAAGAGCGUAAAGGUGAUGAAGGGAAAGGAAGAAGAGCUUUAAGGAAUCCUUGGAAGCUCUAAAUUUGACAACUUUCCAAGCAUUUAUAUGCAGUCUCUUGUUUUUAUGCUUUUCAACCACUCUUUUAAUAAGCUGUGAGAUCCACGUUUUGUAUCUCAGUUUCUGGCAUUAGUGUUUCAUGUAACGAGAUGAGUUUUUUCACGAGUUUGCAUGCAUAACUUCAUGCGAUGAGAAUUGCAAUUCAUGGUUCUUGCUA